ACGGCAUGCGCGUUGCAGUUUUCGGUAAAAGUGUUUACAACAAUCUUGACAGCGUUAAUUGAAUUGAAAAUAAGAUGCCUAAAGUCGUAUCCAGGAGCAUAAUAUGUUCCGACACGAAGGAUCAGGAGGAAUACAGCGAAGAAAAGCCUCUUCACAUUUACUACUGCCUCUGCGGACAAAUGACUUUAAUUUUAGAUUGCGCGAUCGAAAAACUGCCUCUGAGGAAACGAGACGGUACCCGAGUGAUAGACGGCAGCAAGCAUGCCCACAAAAUGACCAGCGAACAGGACGAGAUUGUGUACCUAAAACGAGCCGAAGGGAUUGAAAAGCAGCACAGACAAAAAUGCAAGAAAUGUGGUCUUCUCCUUUACUACAAACACGAUCCAGAAUCAAACGUUGUUUUUAUAGUGAAAGGGGCGGUAAUAAAAAGCUCUGGAGAAGGUCCUAUGACGGACAUAUAUAAUCAAGUAGCGAUUGAAAAGCCUAAGAAAAUCAUGGUCACAAAGCACACAAAGAAUAUGGGCAAGUUUAGCUCAGUUACAGUUUCAACCAUUGACGAGGAGGAGGAUGAAAUUGAAGCGAGAGAAGUUGCUGAUUCAUACGCCAAUAAUGCGCGUAUAAUAGAAAAACAGCUCGAAAGAAAGGGCAUGAAUAAACGAAAUGCUAUGCCGCCACCCGAAGUGGAGCCAAAGAGAACGAGACCAAGAGGCACACUGCUAGAUAUUUGAAUUAAUUCAAUUUAAUGUAAGUACCUAUAUAUUUAAAAAAAAUAUUGGUCCUAUGGAUUUGUAUAUGUGGCGUGUUAUAGUUGAGUGAUGCAGCAAAAAUUAAACGUUAUAUUGAAAUAUUUAUUAACAUUACAUAAAAGUAAAUAUUUUUAAAAUAUAUAUAAAUGACUAGAUACAAAUAUCGCAUAGUAAAAAUGUACAUUGCAAAAUAUAGAGAUAAGAUAUUUAAUAAAUAAAUACAACUAACAAUUAAAAUUAAUUUAUAUUUGAUGUAAAAAAAAAAAGAAAAAGAAAAAUGGAACAA